AUGAAGUACUCCACUCCUAUCUUUGUCCAAGCCCUGCUUGUGGCGGGUGCUUUGGCUGCUCCGAAGGGCCGUGGAGUUUCCGCUCGUGUUGAGGAGCGGUCCCAACGGAGUCGAAUCUCCCACGUUAAGUUGCCUGCCACUGGUACCCAAGAAAUCAAUGGCGCCCAGGACGGUAACAGGACCAAUGUUGACUACUCCUCCAACUGGUCCGGUGCGGUUCUGACUGCUCCUCCCUCUGGCACGACCUUCACCGCGGUAUCUGCCCAAUUCACUGUGCCCACGCCUAAGGCCGUCGACGGUCAAGCCGGCGCUUCCUCUGCCUGGGUGGGCAUUGACGGUGACACCUACCAGGAUGCCAUCCUCCAGACCGGCGUUGACUUCAAUGUUGAUGCCGAUGGAACCGCUUCCUUCGAUGCAUGGUACGAGUGGCUCCCCGACUACGCCCAUGACUUCUCGGGCAUCACCAUCAAGGCGGGCGACAAGAUCUCGGUUUCAGUCGUGUCGAGCUCUUCAACAUCCGGAACAGCCACUAUUGAGAACCUGACCAAUGGCGACAAGGUCACCAAGGAUCUUACCUCCUCCUCCGCGCUCGGUGGCCAGAACGCCGAGUGGAUCGUCGAGGAUUUCGAGUCUGGAGGCAGCUUGGUCAAUCUGGACAACUUUGGCACCGUGACAUUCACCGAGGCCACGGCUGGUGUGUCUGAUGGAAGUUCGGUCGGAACUGAUGGUGCUGAUAUCAUUGACAUCAAGCAGAACGACAAGGUUUUGACUUCGGUGUCGAUUCCCAGCUCUUCCGAGGUUGUUGUCACAUACAGCGGAUAG